GCCCCUCCCGGACGACCUUUCCAACGUCAAGUUGGUGUCAAAACCGGAUCUCGUGCUCUCCCUGUCAACAGCACUCUGUUCCGUCAAAUGGCACAAGAGCGUGUGCCCGCAGAUGAACAAUUUUUCCACAAAUAUUUCAAAUUCCUUGAAGCUCGAUGUGGUUCGCAAGGAAAGAAAAAGAGCUCCGCGGACGAAAGUGACGCAUCUUCCGUUUCCGAUGAAGAAUUCGAUGAGUACUUACACAAAUACGAAAAGGGUCUCAUUCCGUCCGGUCCAGAUCUCGAUGAAGAAGAUGAAAUCGAAUUUGAUAAUGCCGAUUUUUCUGACGUCUCCAGCGAACCGGAUGAACCGCCUGGCUCGGAUGAUGAGGCAAUGUUCUCGGCUUCAACCGAAGGCGGUAAUGCAAUGGGUGGUCUACAGGACUGGAUGCCGAUCUUUGAAUCGGGACAAAUGGAGGCACUGUGUAACCAGAUGGAAACGUCCCAGAAGUUAGAUAGUUUGUUCGCAAGCGCCGAGGAAGUGGGUGAGCUAUAUCGUGUUCAAGAAACCGCCCGCGAACGCAAGCAGCGUUUGUGGGAGGAGAAACGUUCGGAGGACACUUCGUUCCGCAGUAAGAGUGGGCGCCGUGGUCGUCGUUCUCGCGGCGGUGCUGGCAGUGUCGGUUCGGCACGACCGCGCAAAUCACAUCAUGCGCCAAAAACCGAUAGAAAACAGUUUAAAGCACAUGGCGGUGGUGGCAAACGAGGUGGUCGUCGAAACUGA